GGUUGUACAUAUCCGAAAUAGGAAUUUCAUAUUUCAUUUUAUUAGAAUUUGUACAAAUUAUUCUCCUUGACGAUGAAUUUUUUAUAAAAAAAAUAAUUUAGGUAGUAUAAUGUUUUGGAAAUAUAAAGUGAUUAAAUUGGUAUAUAUAUUCAUUCAUUAUUUGCAAUAAAUUUAUUGUUUUACCGCGGGAAAACUACUCGACGUUUGACUACUAUAAUGGCCGCAGCAGCGCCAAUGCUUGUAGUGUUUGUUCCUUAAAAAUGAAAAGAGUAUUAAAAUAAAAGUGUACCCGCUACAUCUAUUGCAAAUUUUAAAGUUUGGAAAUGGAUAUUAAUGCUGAGGUUUCAGCACAGUUAUCCCUCAUCGACGCCUUGUUGAGCGACUUUGACAAAACAAUAACGCCAAGUCCAGAUAAAAAGAAUGAGAAAAAAGAAGAAGAAACACAGAAUGCAAUGCCAGACUCUACGACCAACACGGAAAAGAGUAAUGCCAAUCCAUUCCACUGUGGUGAUGAUGUGCUUGUACCUAACAAAGAUGGCAGAUAUUAUUUAGGAACAAUAGUAGAGCUGAGCACAAGCAACGACAAUGACUCGUGCGAAGUGGGCACUGGGGUGGCACGUUGCCUGGUCAAGUUCGGGGACGGCACGCACGCGUGGGCGCCGGUGUCGACGCUGAAGCUGCUGAGCGCGCCGCCCGCGGACGACGGCCGCAUCAUGUGCGUGGUGUGCAAGCGGCGGGAGGGGCCCGCGUCCGGCCCGGCCACUAACGCGAUCAUAGCGUGCGAUAUGUGCGGCAGGGGGUACCACGCGAAGUGCCACUCGCCGCCCGUUGAGGCUUGGAUCAACGGAGCAUCAUGGAACUGCAAGCGAUGCGUAGACCAACGGUACCGAGUGGCGGCGGCGGAGAACAGGGCGUUGAAGCGGUCGGACCUGUUUCGGUUUAAGGGCGGCCAGCAGCGGCGGCAGCAGCAGGAACUCAUCCCACCGUGUGAUACUGCAUCCACCACAUCUUCAGCUGCGUCAGACACUGGAAAGGAUCUGGGUGAAGGUCAUUGUUAUUGCGACGAAAAAAGCGAUUGGUUAGCACAGAUGUUAUUAUGUUGUCGAUGUGCCCGCUGGUUUCACCAAAGAUGCGUUUCGAGUUUACAAUAUCCAUUGUAUGCAGGUGAUAAGUUAUACAUAUUCUCAUGUGCAAACUGCAACGGCGGCGAGGAGUUCUUACGGCGGCUGGAGUUGUGCUGGCUGGACCUGGCUCACCUCGCGCUCUACAACCUGACGCACUAUAAUGCGCCGAAUUACUUCGACCUGGAUACGGUUAUAAUGCCCUAUAUCAUGGACAAUUGGCACGCGCUGCAACUGCCGGAGAAGAUGUGGCGAACUCCAGUGAAUGAAAGAAGGGAGAAGAUUCUAACGGCUCUAACCUCGUCUCGGAAAAGAUUUAAGUGUGGGAGAGAGAUGAAGAAACGUGCAACUAUAUGGGGCUUGCGAUUGCGCCGGCCGCCGCCACCGCCCAUGCAAUUAUCGGCUUUGGAACAAGUUAAGAAAGGUGUGUCAUUGACUGAUGAAAUGGUCCGAGAGUAUGCUCCAAAGCUCCGAUUUUUACCCCGACUUCCCUCUCCACAGACUGUCACGUCUCUAGAUGAUUGUUCGCUACCCUCCAGUAGUAACAACGAAAAGAGUUCCUAUAAAAAUAAUCAACAUAUGAUAGUACCAGUAGAUGGACAUUGGCUUAACUUGAUGAUGGGAAAACGUUUUCACGAAAAUCUCAGUUCAAAUUCAGAAAAUGACUCCAUUAGUUCCUACGAAUCUAUAAAAAAUUGCGAACGAGACGAGCAGCCCUCCCCCCCUAUUUGCACUUCAACGGAAACAAAAUCCGACACCAAAGAUGAUAAUUUAGAAAAAAUGUCUGAAAUAAAUGAGUCUGAAUCGAAUGAGGCGAAGUCCACAUGCGAAGAACAACCACUGCCAUCCUUAGAUACAUCGUUAGCUCCGUGUCCAGUUAAAUUAGAUAAAAUAUCCAAAGAUAUUAGUGAUGACAUUAAUGGAGAUAAAAGUGACUCCUGUACUAUAAAUAUUAAAUCUCAUUCUACUAGGAUAGCGACAAUGAACCUCGAGGUGUCAAAGUUGUCGACGAAGAAUAUCAUUGAACAUUCCAAAAUCAUGUCACUCCAGCACAUGGACCGCAUCCCGCCGUAUAGCGGUAGUUUGAUCCAUGAGGUGGAAUCUUCGGGAGACGAGACAUCGAGUAGAGGCACAUUAGAUGCUAUAAUUCCGCCCUUAAAAGAUUUUCAGGGCAAAAAUAACCCUUUUUUAAUGCAAAAUUCUUAUUCGUCCAAGACGCCAUUUGCAUCUAAUAUGAAUGUGUAUAAUAGACAAAAUGGUAAAUUAAGUCAAUACCACUCGAGAUUCUCACUGCCAAAUCAGUUGAAUCCAUUAUUUGGGCAAGUAGUGAGGCCCAUGAAGCGAAAGUUAAGCGAAAAAGAUAUUGUUAUAGGCCCCAAUGGGGAGGUUAAGCGGAGAAAAUAUAGACGGCCUAAAAAACAUUUACAGCUACAGCUGAACAAAUCCUGUCCACUGCCAGACGAUAUAUCAAAGACUGUCGUGACCCCGACGGACAACGGGGACGCGGCGCCACCGAGCACGCAUAACAUAAGCAACGUGAACUUUCACGGUAGAAGACUGAGACAGAGGCAAGAGAAGAACUACUACGAGAACGCGCGGCGGAACACGGGCGGCGGCGCCAGCACCAUCAACAGCGUGAAGAGCCUGCAGCUCAGCCCGCACAAGGCGGCGGGCGGCUCCGAGCAGCAGCUGUCGGCGCUCAAGUCCAGCGUGCAGUCCUACUUCCGCGCGGGACAGACCUUCCGCGUGCACGCGCGUCGCCUCGCGCCCGGCCUGCCGCCCGCCUACCUCAUCGAGUGGGACUCCGCCACCUCAUAGUCGACUUAUGAAUUUAUUUAAUUAUACAUAUUGAUGUAAUAAUAUAUAAGUGCUUGUCUGUAGAUUAAUUUAGGUGUACAGUAUGAUCGAGGAAUGUGAUAUAUUAUUAUUCCAGCGA